AAUCAAUUAUAACUGGUCUCAGUUUGCACAAUGGCGAAGGCGAAGGAGUCGAGCGACGCACGCGACGUGCCUCUGGAGGAGCGUCUGCGCCAGAAGAAGCAGGGUUUCGCUGUGCAGACGGAGGGUGAGACAGAGCCAAGCGGACCUGCGCGCCGCGCCAACAAGAACCAGCCGCUGGAGCUCAGUUCUAAGCGCGCCGUGGGCCGAUUCCGACAGGUGGUGGACGUCAAGAAGAGGCGUGUGCUGGACCCGCGCUUUGAGGCGCAAAGCGGCCGUCUAAACGAGGAGCUGUUCAGUAAAAGCUACGCUUUUUUGGAUGAGUAUAAGCAGCGCGAGUUGCAGGAGCUGAAGCAGCAACUUAAGAAGAGCAAGAGUUCUGCCAAGAAGGAGGAGCUCAAAGUCAGUAUAUGGAAGACAGAAUGCAGAAUGAGUGGAGAUAUGCUGAUAUUUGUACUGUAUCGUGUUAUUGAUGCAGCACGAGAUCGCUCUGCGGCAGCAGGCGAUGACGGAGAAGAAGAAGCAGGAAAAGAUUAAGAGCGCACUGACCAAGCGGAAGCGCGAGGAGCGUGAGGCUGUCGCGAGCGGGAAGGGAGCCUUCUACCUCAAGCGCAAGGACAAGAAGAAGCUGGAACUCCAGGCCAAGUUCCAGGACCUGCAGGAGACCGGAAGGCUGUCCAAAUUUAUGGCCAAGAAGCGCAAGAAAAACGCCAGCAAAGACCACAGAUGGCUGCCCACGCAGCGGAAAUAGGUGUAUGUUUGCUACUGAUUGCAAGCCGUUUCGUCGGUCGUGUUUGGUUGUACGGUGGCGGAGUCUUUUGCUACGCUGGCGGCUUGCAAUAUGGACAUACUAAAAUAGACAGUUUUUGCAUUUGCUCAAGCGCUGGAUUCAACAGUACAUGUAGACAAGAUCGCGCGUCGGGCGCAUGCAGCGAGCGCCGCUAUAAGCAUUCUUUCCGAUUUGCUUGUCAAAUUUGGGUUGUCAGUCUUCCUCUAUUUUACCCAAAUCUGAACGUUCUGCGCUUUUUCCGACCAGCGCGAAAGAAAGUGCGGUCAUCGGACUUAAUCGCGAACCUUAAUACAAAACUCAAGUGAAAUCAGU